AUGGCCCAGGGGGAGCCUGAGCCGGUGCUGGCGGUGCCCGAGGAGGAGGAAGAGAAGAAGGAGGGAGGGGAAGGGCCGGAGCUGGCCCCGGCAGCUGGCGGUGUCCGGCUGCAGGAGAACGUGCAGGGCCUGAAGCAAGAGUUGUUCCAAGAAGAUGAUGAUGACAGCUGCAGUGAUUAUGGGAGUCGUGACAAAUCAGGGACCAUUUUAGGAAGGAUUGUGCCAGACGGGAAUGUGCUUUUCCCAGACACAUUCCAAACAAAUCACCUUUUGUUUUAUGAGCGAUUUAAAGCCUAUCAAGAUUACAUUUUGGCUGACUGCAAGGCCUCUGAGGUAAAAGAAUUCACAGCUGAGUACUUAGAGAAGGUCCUUGAACCAUCUGGAUGGCAAGCAAUCUGGCGCACUAAUGUGUUUGAGGUGCUGGUCGAGGUUGUGGAUGUGGAGUACUCCACUCUGAAAGCAGUGGUUCGGCUCAGUGAGCCUUUCCUGUGUGACUCCCAUGUUAGCACCUUUACCUUGGAGUGCAUGCAAGAGCUCUUGGAGCUGAAGAAACAUCAGUUACCAGUGCAGGAGCUGUGGGUUGUGUUUGAUGAAUCUGGAGAGUUUGACCAGACAGCCCUGGCCAUAGAGCAUGUCAGGUUUUUCUACCAGCACAUCUGGAGGAGUUGGGAUGAAGAGGAUGAGGAUGACUUCGAUUAUUUUGUCAGAUGUGUUGAACCUCGACUGAGAUUGCAUUAUGACAUACUUGAGGAUCGUGUCCCUUCUGGACUCAUUGCUGAUUAUCACAAUCUGCUGUCUCAAUGUGAGGUGCUCUACAGGAAGUUCGUAAACCUGAGGAGUGGCAUAUCAAGCAGUGACUCUGACUCCGAGGCAGAAAAUGUCUCCAUGGUGGAAGGCUUAAAGCUGUAUGAUGAGAUAGAGCAUCUGAAGCAAAAGCUAAAGCUCGUUGAGAAUCCUCUCUUGAGGUAUGUAUUUGGUUACCAGAAGCACACUGGUCUCCAAGCCAAAGGCUCCCGUCCAAUGGGUAUGAAGAUCACUCAUGUUGUAUCUUCUACUAUAAUGGCAAGUCUGUUGCAGUCUCUGCUCAGGGAGAAGCUUUGUCCUGAGACCUGUGAUGAAGAACUAGAAAUACAGUUCCACAGUGAUCCACUGACAGCUGUCAGUGCCUGCUAUGAAGGAGAUACUGUCAUCAUCUGCCCUGGUCAUUAUAUUGUAGAUGGCAUGUUCUGCAUUGCUGACUCAAUUGAACUAGAAGGGUAUGGCCUGCCAGACGAUGUUGUGAUUGAAAAGAAGGGCAAAGGAGACAACUUUGUUGACUGUACAGGGGCGAAUAUAAGAAUCUCCAGUUUGAAGCUGGUUCAGCAUGAUGCUGUGGAGGGGAUCUUAAGUGUUCACCAUGGGAAAACCACACUGGAGAACUGUGUGCUACAGUGUGAAACUACAGGUGUUACAGUGCGGACAUCAGCAGAGCUAUUAAUGAAGAACUCUGAUCUGUAUGGUGCCAAGGGUGCUGGUGUUGAAAUAUAUCCGGGUAGCACAUGUACCCUGCUGGGCAAUGGCAUACACCACUGCAAGGAGGGAAUCCUCAUAAAAGAUUUCUUAGAUGAGCAUUAUGACAGUCCCAAGAUAACCAUGGUGAACAAUGUGAUCCAUAAUAAUGAAGGGUAUGGAGUCGUCCUGGUUAAACCUACAGUUUCCUCUGAUGUAAAAGACAUUGCUGCCAAAAAUUCAGAAGGAAAUAUACAGACUAUCCAGUCAAAUGGUGAGACAGAAAAUGUAGAAGAUUUGGGACAUGAAGAGCUACAUGAAUGUGCAACAGAUGAACUGGAGCUCCAUGAGAGAGCUGAGAUUUCUGAACAAACUGAAGGCAAUUAUGAAAUUGCAAAUGAACUUGUUGCUACCUCUGUAAAGAAGAGCCAGAUGCACAAGAAAAGGCUGAGUGAACUGGGAAUCACAGAGGCCGAUGACAACAUAAUGUCUCAGGAAAUGUUUGUUUCUAUCAUGGGCAAUCAGUUCAAACGAAAUGGGAAAGGAAGUUUUGGCACAUUCCUCUUUUGACUGUCCUGACUUGCAGUGCCAUUAGGGUAGAUGAUUUGCACAAGCUGUUAUGUUCACUGCUACUUUCAGAGAAGUUAAUCGGACUCAUCUGCUUUCCAUUAUAUUGCCAGAAUGUGAUAAAAUUCAAGAAUAUUUAUUCUUUUUAACAGUGUGCAUGUUGCACAUGUGAAGUUGCUUCCUUGCAGCAAAUGUAGAAAACAGAACUCCAGUGUGGAAACCUUGUAUGGACAUUGCUGAUCCACAAGCUCUUCCUUUACCAGCCAUGUACUUCACUUUUAUUAUAGGAUUUAUUUAACUACUAAAUGUAAAACACUUUAAAAAAAAAAAAACCUAGGCACCAGAAGGGAGGGUGGACAACAGCGCAAUGAUAUAGCUCCCUCCAUGCUAUUUCUUAACCGUGCCCAAAGUGGUUCUGACUUCCAUGUAAUACUGGCAUGGUAAUUCAUUAGUAUGUUAAAGGCUUUUUUAUAAUUAGGGUAUUACUUAAUCACUUAUUUAUUAAGAAAUUGGGGGUUACCAGUAUUAUAGUUACAGGAUUUAUUAGGAAAACUAUUGAAUGUCUGAAAAGAUGGUAUUGCUCAAAGCAAUGAUUAUGUGCAUGUAACUUGUACUGCCUAGUGCUAAAAAUCAGUGUACCCUUUUCUUUAGCCAUAGUAGUGUUCUGAAUUGCAACAAUUUCUAAAUGAAAAGGAAUUAAAGUAACUUGUUUGUAUUUGUCAUAUUUUUAGAUCUGUAACAUAAUGCUUUUUAAGUAAUAAAACAUGUUACUUGUGG